AUUCCAGUCCCUUCUCUAUCGUCCGCUCGCUCAAGUUCCUUCGCUCAUCAUUUUCCCGUCUUUCUCAAUCGGUUCCUAAGAGACUUCAAGAUGCAACCUACUUCCUCGCGUUCGAGCCUCAAGGCGCUCGCCGUUGCCUUUCUGUCGCUCUCGAGCUUUGCCUUCGCGGCGCCCGUUUCCCGCAAUAGUCACGGUCUGAACCGUCGUGAAGACUGCGAAUACGGCGAUCAGCUGACCGUCGACGAUUAUGUUGGUUACCUCCGCGAGUACUACACCAACACCGACAAGUACGUCUUGUACAGUGGUGGUUCAAAAGACCAAGCCAUCAACUUUGUCGACCUCAACACCGACUACAAGUUCUACAAUGACUUCUUCGACUCCACCAGGAGCGAGCACUACCUGACCAAGUGGCCACAAGACGAGAAUGGCUGCUAUCGCCCUGACGAUGCUGAUGCAUCUUCGGCCGCCAUCGGUAUAGUCGCCACUGGUGAUAUCCGAGUGUUCGGAGGCGUCGAAUGGCAGUCAAAGGGAGCUACAUCUUGGUUCGCGACGAAGGAGAUUCCCGCGAUCCGAGACUCCAUCAACGGAGGAACGUUGAACAAGAUUCUGCACAUGGUCGGAGGCGCUACCGGCGUUGACGACGUAUUGGCGGAAGAGAACGCUAAUGGCGACAUUACCUUUGUUAACGGUCACAGCGACACUGAGACGAAUGCGACCGGCACCUUUGGCGAUUGCUCUUCUACCGAGGAUGCGCCCACCUGCGACAACCCCAGCCAGCAGUAAUUGCGUGAAUUGCUCGAAAUUGGGGAUCUGUCGCCAAUUUUUGGGAAAUCACAUGAGAGUCAGUGAUAGAAGGUGGAGAAGAUCGCUGAUCUGUGACGGGCGAAGGGUGGGAAUGAGUCUAAAGUCGGGACUAGUCAAUGAUUUGAUCCAAGCUUAAAUCGCAAAUAGCAUCACCUAGCG